UUGCCGCGGCAUCUGGCCACGCGCACUCGUCGGCUGCGUCGGCUCCCGCAACGGCUUCUGCGAAGGGCCUCGUGGACACAGGCCCGCUCCUCGUGAACUCCGGCAGCGCCCCGGCCGUGCCGGCCGCCCGCGCCCUCGAGCGCCCGGCGGCGCGCG